AUGUCUGGCAAGAAGUACGGAGUGAUUGGUGGCGGUGGAUUCCUCGGCAAGUGGAUCGUCGACGAGCUGCUCAACCGCGGCGAGAAGCACGUGCGAGUUCUCGACAUCCGCCCCUCCCCCACCCCCGACGACCGCGUCGAGUUCGUUCAGGUCGAUGUGACCAAGAUCGAUACGCUGAGGAAGGGUCUGGCCGGUCUCACCACGGUCAUCCACACGGCCUCUCCGCCGCACGGAAAGGGCUACCAGAUGUACUACAACGUUAACGUCGAGGGCACCAAGAACGUGGUGGAGGCCUGCGUCGAGUUGGGCAUCAAGCAGCUCGUCUUCACCUCCUCCGCCUCCGUCGUGUUCGACGGACGUCACAUCAAGGGCGGCGAUGAGAGCCUGCCCUACUGCAAGACCCAUCUGGACGGCUACACAGAGACGAAGGAGAAGGCCGAGCGCAUCGUGCUGGAGGCCAACGGCAGGAAGGGCCUGCUCACCGUCGCCCUCCGCCCUUCGGGCAUCUUCGGCCCCGGCGACGCCCAGGGCUGGCCCGGCUUCAUUGAAGCCGCCCAGAACGGCAAGUCCAAGUUCCAACUGGGUGAUGGAAGCAACCUGAUGGACUGGACCUACGUGGAGAAUGUGGCCUACGCGCACGUGCUGGCGGCCGACAAGCUGGUGCCGGGCAAUGACAAGGUGGCGGGCCAGGCCUUCUUCAUCACCAACGACGAGCCGGCGCCGUUCUGGGACAUGGCCAAGUACAUCUGGAAGAACCUGGACUACCCGACCCCGACCGUGGUGGUGCCCUACUGGCUGGCCUACUACCUCGCCCUCCUGCUCGACUGGAUUGUGUGGCUCCUGUCACCCCUCGUCUCCAUCCAUCUCACCUUCACCUUCUUCCGCGUCGUCUACGCCGGUGCCCACAGGUAUUUCACGAUUGAGAAGGCCAAGAGGGACUUGGGGUACAAGCCCAAGGUGGCGCUCAAGGAAGGCAUGGCCCGGACGCUCAAGGCCUUCGAGCACAAGCGCAACCCCAAGGCCACCGGCAGCAGCCAGGACAAGAAAAAGGCCAAGUAA